GAGGAAGAAGACAAAAAAAAAAAACAAAAAAACGGAAGAACAAGAACCACCGUAGGAAGGCGUGUCCUUGCGGAGGGGAGCCAAAGAAAGGACUACGAUUCCCAUAAGGCUCUGCGCCCAGCGUGCUGGUUCUCCCGACUUGCCCCGCGCACCACACCCGCCAGCUUUUGCAUGAACCUAAGAGCGUCUGAGAUGGAGAACCCUGAGGAAGCUGCGGACGGGAAACACCGCGUGCAUCUGCACCCGGGCUCGCUACGCGACGCCGCGCCGGCUGCUCUGCACCUCCUGCCCUGCGAGGUUCUGGUGAGCCGGCCCGCCCCGGUGGAACGCUUCUUCACGCCCGCCGUGCGCCGCGGUGCGGACGGGCUGCGGGUGUCGUUUCGCGGUCGUGGCCUGCGGGGUGAGGAGGUAGCUGUGCCGCCGGGCUUUGCGGGAUUCGUGAUGGUGACAGAGGCGAUGGGACAGGGACCGAUAGGGAAACCGAACUUCCCAGGGGACGCGGAGAACACAGCGGACGAGACACCGGAGUCGCUGGAGCGGGACUUCGACCGCUUCAUCGGAGCCACCGGGAGCUUCAGCCACUUCACCCUGUGGGGUCUGGAAACGGUCCCUGGCCCAGACGCCAAAGUGCACAGGGCCCUAGGUUGGCCCAGCCUCGCUGCAGCGCUAUCCUGACCUCAUAAUGGUCCCUGACACUUUCUACUCCUGGCUACAUCUCUGCUGGCUAGUCUCACCCUCUUUGCUCAAGCACCCUUGGACAAGAGGGACCACAAAGGCUGGUGUCUGGGAAGAGAGCUGCUGGAUUCACAGGGUAUGCUGUCCCGUGAAUCCCUGACUGUUCAAUGACUGCCUCCAUACCCAUUUAUCUAAUGGUGCUUCUGUGUCCUACUGGGCACAAGAAGGUACAUCUUAGUGGCCUGUCCCUUGAGUGUCCUUUCAGCUAUUACCAGGAUGUUUCCAGAGAAUGUGAUUCUCAACUUGGAACCAUUUAAUCAAUAAAAUAUUCCAAACAGA